AUGCCACAAUUAAACCCAGACCCCUGAUUUAUUAUUUUAUUAAUUUCUUGGCUAACAUUUUUACUAAUUUUACUCCCAAAAAUUCUUUCCCACAAAACUAACAACUGCCCGACCCCCCAAAGCCAAGAUAAACUAUUUCUGCCUCCCUGAAACUGACCAUGACUCUAA